UUCAAGUCAACCACUCCGAGGCCGUUAUACCGCGGUCUACAGCUUCCGGCCCAGUUCCCUCCGUUGACAAGAACGAAUUCACAGCUUCGCUGGGAAACACAUGGCCGAACAGGGAGUGUAUUUAUGACCGACCCGACCGAUCGAAGCACAAGUUAUCACCAGCAUCCGCAAAACAUUGAUAUAAUAUCCAAAGAUGGCGCAUAGUCAGAGUCCCCCGGCUUUGCUGUGGCAAAUUCAGAAUGCUAGGAACCAUGCCGAGCAGAUCGAAUUCCUCCGCCAACUCAAGGAUGGGGUCGUCGGUGAUGUCCGGGCCAAGGAGACGUGGGUGAACCACGGAAUAUUACAGUUUCUCGUCCAUCUGCUUCAACAAAAAACCACAGCGCAGUCGCCCUCUGGUCUGGGCAGUAAGGAGGCUUACGCGCCCAUCAGCCAGACUACAGACUUGCCGGAUGAUGAUCGUGUGCGGCUAUUGGCUUUGCAGCUCAUCGCUAGUUUUGCCAAAGGUGGUCCUUCGUUUCUUACCCCUCUGAAUGCCGUCGGAGCUGUUCCUGUUAUUUUGACAUAUAUUUGCCCGCACAAGAACCCCGCACGGCUUGUCUUGACCUCUCUGCGUGCUCUGAGCGACAUGACAGAGGCUGCCAGUCUCUCGUCAAGAACAAGUAUAGAGGCUACGGCUGCACUGGCAAAAGCUCUGUUUGUACCUCGCUACAUCGAGUCCUUGUGCGCCAUCCUCGAUGCAGAGUCUGCCUCUAGCAUAGUACAAGAGCAGAAAUGCCUGGUUGCGAGUCUGAUAAGUCGGUUGUGCAAGGAACCGCGGUAUCAAGAUAUGCUUGCCGACGCCGGGGUCCUGGAUGCCCUGGCUACCCUGCUUGCCAGCUUCGUGGUUGCCCGAGGAGAGGUCCUGCCGUUUACCCUGGACACGCUGGAGAGGGAGGGCUUGGCUGCUGUAAUACCACAGCCUGCUCCUCGAGGACUAAGUCUGGCCCUUAUUUUGGAAGCGAUAUCUGUUUUAAUAGCAGACUCCCGUUUCCGAACGGGUCUGCUGCUUUGUUCGCCGGCGAUCAUGGCAGUACUAACCAGUAGUGAGAUCGGCGAAAGAAACUCUCAAAUCUAUCGUACAUGGGAACUGCUUAAGAAAAGCGGCCUUACUCACGGUCGGCCAGUCGAUCGCUCUGCUCUCGACUACCUACUUCCGGCUGUUCCAGUUACAACGCCGCGAUUUCUCUUGUCCCAACAUCACCCAUCAUUCCCGUCUACGGGGAGGUCACUGGAGACGCCUGCAAAACACGGCCGGGCUACAGCAAGGUUUACGACAGAGGAUCGGGAAUGGCUUGUUGGUGGUGGCGAUACCGAAGAACCAGAGAGCCCGCUAAUACCAUGGUUGAUCCACCUCAUGCGAUCUGGCACUAACGAUCAUGAGAAGGUCAUGGCUGCAUCCGUACUUGCAUCGCUAUUUAAGGGUGGCUUCACGAGCCCAGACCGAGAAUUUUCCCUCAGCGUCCUUGUCGUUCCGGUUCUCUGCCAUUUACUAAAGGACUACGAAAAGGAGAGAGGCAAGAGCCUAGAUGCCAUUUUUGUCGAUUCGGAGACUGCUACGGCAUGGGUUAUCUUGGAGCGGACACCAGCUGUCUUAGCCCGGCUUAUUGCGGACAGCGUGUUCCUGCAACAAGUUACGCGUGAUAGCGGAGCCCUGAAGCUGGCGUGCAAGCUGUUGAAGGAUUCAUAUGAGCCCACGGCAAUUCCAUCGCCCCCUAGGCCUUGGACGCCGAACCCUGAAGAGAGACAGGACACUGGAGAUGAUAAAUUUUCGACAUGUCAGCUUGGGCCACCGGGUCAAGUUCCAUUGUGUGCGCACAAAAUCAGGAUGAGAGAGAGCUCACUUAAACUCAUAACAUCCCUGGCCACAUUCAAGGAAGAGUUCAGAAAAGAAAUAGUUGAGCAAGACAUACUACCAAGUGUUGCAGAGUCACUUUCCGAAACGCCACAGAAACCAACGCCGCCCAAGGAGAAGUUAAAAACGGAGGAGGAUGGUACCGUUCCUAUGCAUCCCGCUGGUCAUUCUCCCUAUGGGCACAACCCAACUUCGGUAUUGAUCGCGGCAUGUCACGCUGUAAGAACACUCGCACGAUCGGUCAGCAAUCUUCGAACAGUCCUGGACGACAACUGUGUCGCUAUGCCCAUUUUCAAGCUCUUGAAACACGUGGAUAUCGAUGUUAAGAUUGCAGCCUGCAGCGUGAUCUGUAAUCUGCUGACUGAGAGCAGCCCUAUGCGUGAUCCUCUGAUUAAAGCUGGAGUCAUCGGCGUGCUCUGUCUAUACGCCAGAUCUGACAAUGCGGGACUGAGGCUCAAUGCCUUGUGGGCACUCAAGCAUCUCGUUCACAUGACGGACAGAGAUACCAAAAAAAAGUGCCUGGAAGAACUCGGGCCGGGGUGGCUUAUUCAGUUGAUAUGCGACGAUACGGAAGACGAAGCACUACAUGCCCGAAUUAUGGGUGAACGUCGACCUUUAACAGACGCGGAUGAAGAUGAAGUGAUGGAUACGGGUGACGGCUACGCCGAAGCAACUGACGACGUAUGGCAGUGGCAAGCCAUACACCGGAAGGGACCUGGCUUCGAUUCAACGCGCAUGCGUGUUGCCGAUGGUAUGCUCAGGGCAUUACGUGAAAGAGAAUUUGAUGAAGUUCGAAAGGCGCGUGAAGCCGAUCUCGCGAUUCAGGAACAAGGUCUCGACUUUAUUCGCAAUCUCAUCGCCAUCCCUCAGCAACCGGCCCAGGCGGAAAUGAUUGAUUACAUCUUCAGCGAGCUAGGCCAAGAUCGCCUCUUCGAUAUAUUGGCGUCCAAGCUUCGGGUCAAGAUUCUCCGUCCGUUUGCCAGGCGCCAGUCUUCCAGCUCGGGGACGCCUGGUGGUGGAGCAGGGUCGGGAGCAUCAGGCCGCAAUGUCAGCAUCGACUCACGUGUACUGUACCCGCAAUCCAAAAUCAUCGUAGCGGUCAUCUACUUUUUGACACACAUCGCGGCGGGAGUUCCUCGACACAGACAACUCGUGAUCGCCCAAGAGGAGCUGCUCAAGCUGUUGGCGGGCCAUUUCAACAACAAGGACGUGGAUGUGCGGCGGUCAUUGUGUCAUCUGCUCAAGAACCUGGUAUGGUGCGACGGUACGGAGGACAGGCGGGGCAGGGAUCUGCGGGUGUUUGAACUUGAGAAGCUAGGGUUCCUGCAAAAGCUCGAAGGCCUGGAGCGGAAUGAUGCUGAGCUGGAUGUCAGGGAGCGUGCCAAGGAGGCGGCUUCUAGCAUCAAGGGGGAAGCGGGUGAGGGGCCCCAAGUACCACACGGCCGGGUAGAUUACUAGGCGCAAGACACCCAACGGUUGCAAAAACUAUGGCGCGAACUACCACAGGCAACGAAACUGAGCUCUUCGGGUAAUUGGGCGACCUAGUCAAUCAGUUUGGGGUGUAUUACAGUCCUCAAAAUACAUGUAAGAGCCGCCCGUGGGCAUUUGGUCACGGUAUUAGUAGAAGUAGAUGAACGCCCCGGGAAGUUGACUGAGACGAGACAGCAGGGUGGUUUAUGCAUAAGCGGAGUGCAAGCAGCGC